UUGCUCAGCCUCUAAUAAGGAAAAAAAAACAAACAGUUUUGGCUUCUUGAAAGGAAUCAGAAAAAGGAGUUUCAUUUUUUAGCUCCACAGUUCUUCCCAUUGUGUAAAUUUGUUUUCGUUUCAAACCGAUUUCUUUCUUUAAACACUAUGGGAGGCUGUGCGAGCAAACCUAAGGAAUCUGAUAUCCAAGAAACCGAAAAGACUGUUGUCGAGUCCAAGAACGUUGAAACCGAAACCGUAUCUCAGGAGAAGGCAGAUGAAGUUGUCGACGAGAAGAAGGAAGAGUCUGCUGGAGAUGUAGCAGAGACACAGAAGGAAGCUGAGGCAGCCAAACCGGCCGAGGCCGAGGCAGCCAAGCCUGUCGAGGCUGAGGUAGCCAAGCCUGUCGAGGCUGAGCAAGCCAAGCCUGCUGAGGCUGAGCCAGCUCCAGAGGCGGUGAAGACCGAAGAACCUGCCGUCGAAACUGUUAAGGAGACUGAGCCACCAAAACAAGAGGAGGCUGUUGUAGCAGCCAAUGAUACCAAAACCAACGAAGAGCCUCUUGUAACCCUUUGAUUCUUUCGCAUUUUCAUUUCUCAAAACCCCAAAUUGUAAUAUGUAUAUGUUUCUCACCACUGUUGUUGUAUUGCUAUUGUUACCACAUGUACGUUAAUGAAACAAUAGACUUGUU